CAUUUUGAGCUUACAACAUCUAAAGCAUUUUCAGGAACAGAACAUCCGUGAAACAGACUAGCUAGUAUCAUGCACCGAGAUUGUCCUCGCUAUUCAGUAGACCGACCAUCCUACUCUCAACAAGAUUUUGAUGAGGAGUUUAAUAGGAAAAGGAGGAACUAUCCUUUAGGGGAGAAAGUCAGAAAGUUUUUCAGAUGCUCCAGUGGACGACUGAAAAGUCUUUUCUUCAGACAUCUGCCCGUGCUUAGCUGGCUUCCCAAGUACAAUUUCAGGCAGAACCUUGUAUGUGAUGUCAUCAGUGGAGUCAGUGCAGGCACAAUUCAAGUUCCACAGGGCAUGGCCUUUGCUCUUUUGGCCAAUUUACCUCCAGUCAAUGGACUUUAUUCAUCUUUCUUUCCUCUUAUUCCAUACUUCUUCAUGGGUACAGCCCACCAGAUGGUACCAGGUACUUUUGCUGUGCUGAGUAUCAUGGUGGGUAUAGUAUGUCUUCAGCUGGCACCUGAAUCAGAUUAUAGCUAUUUUAACACAACUCUCAAUGCCACUGUAGUAGAUGAGCAGAAGAUGAAUGAGGCUCGAUUGGCCAUAUCAGGCACCUUGGCUUGUUUGACUGCCAUCAUACAGAUUGGUCUCGGUAUGGUGCAGUUUGGAUUUGUGGCCAUAUACCUAUCUGAGUCAUUUGUUAGGGGAUUUAUGACAGCUGCUGGGCUGCAGAUCCUCAUAUCUGUGCUUAAGUACAUAUUUGGGAUCACAGUACCACCAUACAGUGGUCCUCUGGCUAUAAUUUAUACCCUCAUAGACAUAUGUAAAGGCCUGCCCAGCACCAACAUAGCUUCUCUUGUGUUUGCAAUUGCCAGCAGCGUGGUGCUAAUAAUAGUAAAAGAACUCAGCACUCGCUACCGUCAUAAAAUCCCUUACCCUAUUCCCAUAGAGAUAAUUGUUGUGGUGGUCGCCACUGCCCUCUCUGGGCCAUUGGAUCUGCCUGAGAAGUACCACAUUGAUGUUGUAGGAGAAAUCCCUUUGGGAUUUCCUUCCCCAAUCCUGCCUAGAGUGUUGGAGUGGGGGGAAAUGUUAAGUACAGCUUUCUCACUGGCCAUUGUGGGAUAUGUCAUCAAUUUGGCAAUGGGCCGGACGCUGGCCACCAAACAUGGUUAUGAUGUGGAUCCCAAUCAGGAAAUGCUAGCUUUGGGAUUCAGUAAUCUCCUGGGUGGUUUCUUUAAGAUUCAUGUGAUCUGCUGCGCUCUGUCUGUCACACUUGCUGUGGACAGUGCAGGAGGUUCCUCACAGUUUGCCAGUCUGUGUGUUAUGGUAGUUGUCAUGGUCACUAUGCUGGCUCUUGGGGCUUUUCUAAAACCGCUCCCUAAGUCAGUAUUAGGAGCUCUCAUAGCUGUUAAUUUGAAGAACACUCUACUGCAGAUCUCGGAUCCAUACUAUCUCUGGAAGAAGAACAAGCUAGACUGUUGUGUUUGGGUUGUCUCCUUCCUGGCAACCUUCUUCCUGAGUCUGCCUUAUGGUGUUGCUAUUGGGGUGAGCUUCUCCAUUCUGGUAGUCAUUUUCCAGACUCAAUUUCGUAAUGGCUCAGAAAUGGCUCAAGUCUUGGAUACAGACCUGUACAAGAACCCUAAAGUGUACCAAAAGAUAAAAGCCAUUGAAGGUGUGAAAAUAGUGAGUUACUGCUCACCUCUUUACUUUGCCAAUGCAGAGAUAUUUCGACGAAAGGUUAUCAAAAAAACUGGGCUUGAUCCAUUCAAAAUGCUUCUGGCCAGGAAGAAGUUUCUGAAAAAACAACAGGAGAAAGAAAACCAAGAAAUAAAAGCAAAGCAUAGUCAGGAGAAGGCAGCUGCCAGAAAGAGGAAAGUGAGCUCACUAGUUACCAUGAAGGUGCAGACUAUUUCACAAAUUGAUCUGCAGAGUGACUUUUACACGAUUGGUGUAGGCAGCGAUAAUAUGCCCAUGAGUUACAUCAAUCCAUACUGCGAUAUCAUUAACCCCGCUGACCAGCUUCCAGAGACAGUGUCUGCCAGCGCCCCUCCUGUUAUGAUGGAGAUGCAGCCUGUUCCUUUUCAUACUCUUAUCUUGGACCUGGGGGGAGUCUGUUUCAUCGAUCUGAUGGGCAUUAAAGUUCUUACUAAGAUGAGCAACACAUAUAGUAUGCUGGGGAUUAGACUAUACUUAGCAAAUGUGCAAGCUCAGGUAUUUGAAGAGCUUGAGGCUGGAGGAGUGUUUGAGGAGAGCGGUAUUACUCCUAAUCACAUAUUCCUCUCAGUCCAUGAUGCAAUACUUUUUGCCCAGUACAAGUCACUGACUCCCGUAACUACGGAACAGGAAGACAAGAAAAGGGUAAAAUUGGCAUUUGAUAUAGAAGAAGAUGAACAGGAUCUGGAGCAGGAACUCUUCUGAGCUCAGAAGAAUAUGAAAGUAGCUGGUUUGACAGUAUUAACACAUGAUUUGUCUUGUAAGAUCUUUUAUAGAGGAUUUUGCUUAAUAUGAAGUACAUAUUGUUAUUUAUCCGUUCACCAGUUCAGGGACAAAAUCAAUAAUCUUUAGACAAUACCUACAGUAAACUGUGUAUGACUGUGCUUUCUGCAAAGUAGUAAUUUGAUUAAAAUUAUAGAAAAAUUAUUUUGUAUAAUAUGAAUUUAACAUAUACAUACAGCCUAAUUAUUUAUACUUUAAAAACUAAUCAUUUAAUGUUUUAAGACCAACAUAUAAGAGCCAAAGUUGUUAUUUUUAGAUAAAGUGGUGUUCAUAUUAAGAUCUGAAACUGAAAUAGGUCCUAGUUUUUCUUUUGACCAUUAAUGAAGGGCUACAUACCCUUUCAGGAGAUGGUAGUAUACACAUGAUAUUCGUUAACACUUUGGAAUAAUCCAUCAAGAAGUAAAAGAGAAAAUAGGGAAAGUAUCUAAGCUGAUUAGUUUACUGUGUGUAUACUAGUUUACCAAAUCUGUCUGUGUGUUGUGGAUGUAAUUUGGAUGUAAUGAAACUGUAAACUGCUAUUCUGCAACAUUUAGAUUAUUAAGAAGUAAGAAAUUAUAAACUUAUUAAACACAUUUUUGUUUACUA